CGGAGGGAGCGAGCCAUCUCUCUUUAAAAACUGCCCGAGCUAGCUUGGAGUAUCCUCAGCGAAACCUUUGAACUCGAGAGAGAGAGAGAGAGAGAGAGAGAGAGAGAGAGAGAGAGAGAGAGAGAGAGAGAGAUCGCGCGCGCGCACACACACUGGGACAAUGGUGAGUGACCGGAAGACGCCGGAGGCGGCGGUGCAGCUUGCGGAGGAGAAGGUUGCUGCGGCGGAGAAUGGCUCCAUUAGUGGGCCCCUCGUAGGGAGGAGGCCCCCGGAAAUGAAGGUCUCGGUGGUUCGCUGGAGGUCUGACGUGGGUUACCUUGUUCUCAGACUUCUGUGCGUGUUGACCUCGGUGGCAGCUCUAUCGUUCAUGGUCACGGCCAUGGAGGCCAGUACCGUCCUCAUCUAUGGCUUCCAACUCCCCGUUUACUCCAAGUGGUCUUUCUCCCACUCGUUCGAGUAUCUAGUUGGGAUUUCGGCUGCUGUUGCGGCUCACUCCUUGCUGCAGCUACUCAUUAGCGCAUCAAGGCUGCUGAGGAAGACUCCAGUGAUCCCCUCACGAAAUCAUGCAUGGCUUAUCUUUGCCGGGGAUCAGGCAUUUGCAUAUGCAAUGAUGAGUGCUGGGUCAGCUUCAACAGGGGUUACCAACUUGAAUCGCACAGGAAUCCGACAUACAGCUCUACCAAACUUCUGUAAGCCUUUGCAUAGCUUCUGUGACCAUGUUGCCAUCUCAAUAGCCUUCACUUUCUUCAGCUGCAUCUUGCUCGCCACUUCAGCUGUCCAGGGUGUGAUUUGGCUGUCCAAAAACUGAACUUAAUCACCUCGCUUUUCCACAUGAUAUUGUUAUUAUGCGUCCUCUAUAAAGUAUAUGACUUCUAGGAAAUAGUAUCUGCAUCCUUUGUUUUACUUCAAAAUGAACAAUGUUUUUGUAUUUUGAAAACAACUGUAGUCGAGAUCUAGCACUUGGUGCCCUUUGUAAGGAAGGAGAUGCAUGGCUUCUCGAUGAGUGCUUGAGCCAUGGGAAUCAAUGUGUAUUAUUAGUAUUGAUCAUUUGAUAUGCAACCCAUCGAAAGGCUUUGUGCUAA